UGUCAAACGAUGGAAAAUGUCAAAAAAACAACAUAAACAGUGAAAAUUUUAUUGAAUUUAUAAUUAAUUUAAACAUGAGCAGCCGUAAUCCAAACACACUUAUGAGUGUGCCGGACGAGCAAUUUGAUUAUUUAUUUAAGAUUGUGCUUAUUGGUGACUGUGGGACAGGAAAAACGUGUAUUGUGCAACGACUGAAAUCUGGGAACUUCAUAGAAAGGCACGGAAAUACUAUAGGCGUAGAUUUUUCAAUGAAAACUUUGAUAGUAGACGGGAAAAAGGUCAAGCUUCAAAUAUGGGAUACGGCUGGACAGGAGCGGUUCAGAACGAUAACACAAAGCUAUUACCGUUCUGCAAACGGUGUCAUAAUAGUGUAUGAUAUAACAAAACGAUCAACAUUUUUGUCUUUACAAAAAUGGAUUGAAGAAGUAAGACGGUACACAUCGUCCAAUGUGAUAGUUUCGUUGAUCGGUAACAAGUGUGACUUGACAGACCAAAGAGAGGUGGAGCCUGAUGAGCCGAAGUCAUUCUGCCGUUAUGUUCCUGAGAUUAUGUUUGUUAUGGAGACUUCUGCUAAGGACAACACUAAUGUUGAAGAUACAUUCCGUAGUUUAGCUACUGAGUUAAAACGACAACAUGACAACAGUGAAGGUCCACCGGCAGACUCCGAUACGGUUGUUAUCGGUGAGAGUCACGCUGUGAGUAGAUGUCAACCAUGUCGCUCAUCCUAGGUCAAUUUACUAAAACUGCCUUGUCUUCAUUGUCUCUGCCUGAACUCGUCAUGAUGUUCUAUUUAGUUUGUUAGUUUACCUGCUCAUUGUAUGUAACAUGCUACAAAAAAGAUGUGUCUUCAUACUUGCCAUUUACAGCCAGGUGUAUAGUCUGGACAUACACACUAGCUUGAAAUGAUAAAUAUUUAAAUAUCAUUAACAGUAUUUUCUUUUUUGUAGACUGUUACAUAAUUAUAGUAGGGACUUGGUACUCAAUAUUGUUGAUGGUGGAGGUGCGACAUAGAUUCUCGAAGUUGAGUCUCUUAGAUAUGUGAAGGUCUCAUUGUAUUAGUUAUAGAUUAAGUUGUUAAGCAUUGAAAUUAUCUAUAGUCAGGCUUACAUUGUUAGUGAGUUUAAUGCAUGGAAAAUAAUUUAGUAUAACACAAAGUUUAUAGAAAUAUUUACAUCAAUAGGUAUUUAAAUAUAUUUUUCUUUUAAUGAUUUCAAAUAAGUUAAAUGAAUAAAUUUCAGAUAUUUUCGGAUAUGAAAUCUCACUAAUUUUUUUUGUACAUUUGACCAUGUGCAGGUUUUCACACAGUUUAAAACUAACAAUUGCCACUACUUUCCAUACAAUUCAGUCACAAAUGUAUGUGUUAAAUGUUUUCACCUAAUUAGCUUUACUAAUGUGUGUUUAGCACGCAACACAUGACAGAUCUGUUUAUUUAAGUGCAUCUGAGACCACUUGCGUGCAGCUUUAAAACAAUCAGCUACUGGUAGGUUAGCUAGGUAAUUAUUUGUUAUUACUUUGUCAUCCGUAAUAGAUAUUCUCGAUAAUUUGUAUUUCAACAAUAUUCAGUCAAUUUUGAUCAUAUCACCAGUCUGAUACUACGACGAAUAUAAACGAUAAGCGUACGAGAUUUUAUUAUGUACGUAGACGGAAAUUCGCUAUGUCUAUUGGUUGAAGCAUGCAAUACCUAUUUUACCUAUUUUUCGAGUCGCGCGAUGCGUGUAACACGCGUAACCCACGGCGCAAAGGCUGCAUAUUUUAAUAUAAUAGAUGUUGACAGAUUUUCCAUACAAUAUAAUAUUUUUUACCCAUGAUAAUAAUUUCGUUAAGAAUAAAUUAUGAAUUUUAUAUUUUAAUUAUGUACUUUUUAGCUAGUAUUGUUUUUAAACAAAGAUAGCUAGGUAAAUUUAAGUCGAUUAAUACAACUAAUUCGCUAAUAUUUCUUUUGAAAUUCAAGUUGUUUAUGAAUGAAAAAUACCUUUGUGUUUACUAAAGUAAGAAAAGACGUAUAAGGCUAAUAGUAAACGGAAGCCAAUAAAAAAAUGAAACUGAUUUUGCAAUUGUUUCGCAGCAUGGAAACAAGUUUUACAAUGUCAAUACCUAAAUAGGUAACCUAUCAAAAUUCUUAGCCAGUACUUAUCAUACAGUCUAGUAGAAAAGAGUAGAAUUUAGAAUAGACUACUUGACAACCUAGUCACAUGAGCUACUUUUUAUUAAAAGUCAAAACGAAAAGACAUCUUAAAAGUUUGUAUGGAAAUACUUCUCUGUGACGUCCUCAAUAAAAGCGUUCAAACGUCGUACUCAUUGUUACUUCAUUCAUAAAUAAAACUCGAAAAAAGUCGAAAAGUAAAAUGAGUGAUUUUUGAUAAUCUUAGACUGGCUUCUAUUUCUAGAUUGGCAUUUUAUAAUUUAUUUUUGACCCAGUCAAGUACCCUAUUGUCAAGGAAUAUAGAAAGAACAUAGUUCCUACAGCUACAGAUGAUACAUAUAGGCGUGUGUGAGUGCUAGUUCUUUCGGCCUUUUUAUUGGUCACCAAAGUUCCGUUAAAACCAUUUGAUUGGUUCUGUGUCCAUAGAUAUUUUAUCACUGUUACCAAGAAGAUAAUAAAGUAAUCCGUCUAAAUUCUACUUUUUUUGCAAAACUAUAAUUUAGGUAGAUUAAAUAUUAUAUUUUGAUUGUGUCUAAAUAAUUUAAUUCAUUUGCCCUUACCCAGUAUGCCCAUGUCUAAUUAUAUUAUUUUCGCUUUAAGUAAAUGAUGUAUCAGUUUCGAUAAACUGUAAAUAGUGUAGAUAUACUAUACCACCUACUCGAGACUGAUAUGAGCCAUAUGCAUUAGUAUUCGAUGUUGUAACCCUUAAACAUUUACUUUAUUAAAAUAGGACAUCUAAUCGUUAAUAUAUACUGCUUGUGACGGUGGUGGCAAACGGGUGAAAAGCGGGUAGUUUAUAAAUUUGAUGAAUGAAAGACCUUUGUUGCGGGUACAAGCUAUACUUUAUCGCCGCACUGUGAGAGUACCUAUUUUUAUGAAUAUGUUUAAAAAUUUAUGUACAUGGUAAGAGCUAUUGCCCAACAGACGUAUCUAGAUUAAAAUGACAUAAUUAUUUCUUGUCUCUUUCGCACUAAGCUGUAUACCAUUAGAGCGAAAGAGACGAAGAGAUACGUAUCCCUGGCGAUGUACUAUACCUAUAACCUGCGGUCUUCUAAUCAUGUGAAACGUUUAUUGGACCAUAGUUAUUCUGUGCAAUG